CCUCUCCUCCCAUCCUAGAGGACAGAGCGAUGCGGAGACAAUAGGACGCAGAGCCGGAGGAGGCUGCAGGAUGCUCGACACCACAUCCACCGACGCUGAUCGGAGGCUUCUCGCUGGACACCGAUAUCAGACGUUUCUCUGGGCUCACCUGGUCUUAGUAUGUGCUCACAUCUCCCGUGUGUUUACCAGUAGCAGCCUGGGCCGACAGGGCGGACUUUACAGUCUCCAUAUGGGAACGAACUGAAAGUGACACCAGCUGUUAGCUGCUAUUGCUGCUCCUGUCCUACCCGAGUCCGUUUUUUUUGCACCCUGAAGCAGUCCGCACCAUGACCUCCUCUCCGCUGGUUUCUCGAGCCAACAUGGACAUCCUGGAUGAGCUGCAGCUGAUUGCUGCCCAAAAUUUGGAGAGACUAGAGGUCAACAAGUACUACGAGGUGAUCAGAGAGCUGGGCAAGGGAACCUAUGGCAAGGUGGAUCUGGUGAUUCACAAGAUCAGAGGUACAAAAAUGGCACUGAAGUUCUUGAAGAAGAAGACAACCAAGCUGAAGUCUUUUCUACGGGAGUACAGCAUCUCCCUGUACCUGUCUCCGUGCCCCUUCAUCAUCAACAUGUUUGGCAUCGCCUUCGAGACCGACGAGUACUACGUGUUUGCACAGGAGUACGCCGUGGCGGGAGACCUCUUCGAUAUCAUUCCUCCACAGGUUGGUCUUCCUGAAACAGUAGCAAAGCGCUGUGUACACCAAGUAGCCAUCGCUCUGGACUACCUGCACUGUAAGAAGCUGGUCCAUCGGGACAUUAAGCCUGAAAACAUCCUCAUCUUUGACCGAGAAUGCCGCAAGGUCAAGCUGUCUGACUUCGGCAUGACUCGCCGGGCUGGCUCACCAGUGAAAAGAGUGAGCGGCACCAUCCCCUACACAGCUCCGGAGCUCUGCGAUGUGUCCCGCCACGAGGGCUUCUGCGUGGACUACAGCACUGACGUCUGGGCCUUCGGUGUGCUGCUGUUCUGCAUGCUGACCGGUAACUUCCCUUGGGAGAAGGCUCUGCCCUCUGACUCUUUCUACCAGGAGUUCAUCCGUUGGCAGAGGAGGAGGACGAACACGGUGCCGUCGCAGUGGAGGCGCUUCACCGAGCAGGCCCUUCGCAUGUUCCGCCGCCUGCUCUCGGUGGAGCAGGACCGCCGCUGCUCCGUCAAAGAGGUGUUCGGGUACUUCAGCCACUCCUGGAUGUUAGACGCGGAGAAUGAUAACAACAAUGGCAACACGGUUGCUGGAGGUGGCGAAGACGAGGAGCUUCUCGUGGAGAGGAUGAAGCAGCAGACUCUGUCGCCUCGCUCCCCAGUGUCCGGGGCCAAAGGAGGGAUGAUGGAACCCGGUGGGGGCCACCAUUUCGUGUCCGUCUCCACCAACAGCUCCGUGUCAUCCACCAACAGCUAUGAUCGAAUGCCCCGAGAAAACGGCUCACCUGGCGGCCGCAUGCUAGUGCCGACACCCAUAGAAAUCUGCGUCUGAGCAUGUCAGGACUCGCCAACACGCACUUUUAUACCUCUCAUCCAACCACGUAGAUGUUCAUGCAUGGGAAAAGAAACAAAGCGAUAACAAAGUACUAACAUGUCUCCUCUUUUAAAUAUUGUGGGAAAGGAAGAGUGCAGACACACACGUGCCGGAGGACUUCCGAGGAUGUCUUUGUAGAACGCACACGUUCCUCAUGAUUGGUCGAAUGUCCUCCGAAGGAGUCCUGUUUUAACACUUGGAAUUCAAGGACACGUUCAAAAUGCAAGCGUAGAAAAAUGAAGAAAAAAACGCUACAUUAGAGAUUUACCACUAAAUUGAUCUGACAAGAAGACCAAAAUAUAUUCCUUAAAGCAAUACUUGCAGCAAAAAAAAAAUAAAUAAAAAAACAUAAAAAGAUAAAAACGUCAGACAGGAGUUGGGCAGAACUCCUCAUGAUCUCUUCAACACUAAUGAGAAGUUUUUUUUUUAAGAAGCCAAGGGACAAAGGAUUCAUGUUUUUGACCGAAACAGAGCUCAAGCUAACACCUUACAAGAUAAAAAGACUGACUGAGUGGUGGUUUCAGUGUUUUACUUGUAACAAAAAUAUGAAAGUGCGAAUGUGUCCGUGUGCGUCGCCGUGCGUUUGAAUCUAAAACAAGUAGUUUAAUUUUCCUUUGAGAAUUUUAUUAUUUAUUUGAAUCUUUAAAAAAAAGAAGAAAAAAAAGACUACACAAUCUAUUUUUUCUAUUUUUUUUGUAAGGUAGCUCUCUUUGUUUCCCAUUCGACUCAGCAUUGUGAUAUGGUGUUGAGGUAUAGCUGUGUAACAGGUGUGGUAUGCUGCUGUACAUACUGAAUACUUGCGCAUUAUGUGAGAUGAUCUACAGCUUUCCUUCAUCUCAGACUAGAUGGAGCGAAGGCGUGCGAUGUCUCUGUUCUUCACGAUAAACAUAUCUACUUCACAGUUGGAAGACUUUUUUCUACUCACUCCUGAAAUUCCGUUUGUAUGGUGUUCCUUUGAAGCGUUUUCCAAAAGAGAACAAGAAAAAGAUCUGUCUGCUUUGCUCACAUUUUCAUCCAGACCUUCACCUAAAAAUUGUGUUUUCUUUUAAACUUUGUCUGAAAAAGAAAAAUGAUCUGUUCCAAUUAAGUGCAGGGGGGAAAAGCAAACACUCAAGAGUUACUUUUUAUAAACUGCAUGAUGAAUAAUUCAAACUUCGGAUCUGAACCGGCUUUAGGAGGAAAAAAAAAACGAAACGUAAAAUGUUGUGAUGUGAUUUUUUUUUUUUUUUGCAGUAGCACAAUUUCUUGCAUCAUGUCCCAGAGUGAAUAUUGCUGUUAUGACCUCUUGAGACAUCCUAGGGCUAAAAGAAAAAAAAUCUGAAUAUACUUAGUUUCUAUCCAUUGUGAUGUAUUUGUAAUGCUAUUAAUGUUGUGUGCUCAUCUCACCACCUUCAGGAACUAAAAAAAAAAAAUAAGCUAAGCAUGAGGACAUAGAGCGAGAGAUUUGAAUUUGAAUCAAAUGUAGGGACUUAAAUGUUUUGUUUUUGGAUUUAAAAGAGCAACAAAACCAAUCCAUUCCUUUUUGACUUCAUGAAUAUCAAUUGAAAUAUUUUUUUUGGGGGGGGGACUGGAUCAUGCGUAGCGUGUGAAUGGAUGUUCUCUGUGUUGCUUUUCAGACCUAAACUGCAUGAAACUGUAUGUGCUAAAGCCCUCUUGUGAAAAACUGCUCAGUGUUUAUCCUGUCACAGGCUGUAGCACUCUAUAGUUGUAGUUAGUAUACCGGUGACAAACAACACGUCAGUAGCCUCAGCUCGGAUCUGACAGAGGACCAGCUCAGCCCCUCCGCAUGAUGCGUUGGAUCAGCGAGAGAGUAAAUGACUGCAUCUUGUGACAAUCUCUGACCUCAUCGGCAGCCUCCUGAUUCAGAACAAAGGACGGUCCUGAUGCGGACACUGCUCCCCAUGUGUCAACUUCAAGCAGCGCUGUGCUGUGCGGAGUAAACCGUGCGAGCCCAAGCACAUCCCACACUCGCAUGACCAUAUGAAGCCACAUUACCUCAUCGCAUCAUUGUUCCUUUGCAGCGUUCACUCCGAAACCGUCCUUCAACAUUCCCGCUCUUCCCAAAUAAAAGUGACGUGCUUAAAGCACCCAUGGCAACGUGCAACAAUAAGCAACGUGAGGAUUCUUGUAAAUAGUGACACGUGGGAGGUUUUAUUGACAAUUCUUGUUACAUAAAAAAGAGCCGAUACCAAAUCAGUCCCUCAGUGGCGUAGACGUUAUUAUUGAUUGGUUUGUGAAUUUUCUGUUAUAAAGUCUUGAGGUAAGUGUUUUCAGCGUCACCACUUUGCUCUUGCUCUGAAAGCAGAUGUGUCAAGCGAGGGGUGGAUCUGACUAUGCUAUGCUUUUUGUCAGUCACAAGUCACUAGCCAAUGAGCAUGGCCUCCAUAAUUCGCUUUUCUGACCAAAGCUUGCAAAGUGUAACGAAUUAUAUUUUUUUCCCAUUUACCACAAAUGACUGGAAAUGCUGUUGUAGCCACAGGGAUCAUCGCCUGGUGGUCAGUAUAAACAAUUUGGGUUUUAAAGCACCUCUUUAAUGGUAUCACUUUUCAGACAUGGACACCAUGGCCACCUUUAAUACUAUUUCUGUACCUCAGUUAAAGGGCCAGUACGUAGGGCUCGGUGACAUUAAAUAAUAAGACUGCAGAUUGCUAGCAGCUUAAAAAUCUUUACAAGCAUCUAGUAAAACUUCUGGUUGCUUUCACCUAAUUUCAAACACAAAAAAUGGCCCUAAUAGAGCCUGUGUUUUGUUUGCACAUUCUGGGCUACACGGGCUCUCAUGCUACUCUACAAUAUUUCAAUUUCCUUUAAGCUAAGUUUAGAUUUGCUAUAACUAAAGGGGACCUAUUCUGCUCCUUUCAAAGUAAUUGUUAUUUAUUUUAAACUGAAACAAGCUACUUUAGCUCCUCCCCUCUAAGACAACUUUCUUCUGAUUGGCUGCCCAUUGUAAACAGAAGGUUUGAACAGCAGACGGGUGGGACGACAAUGCCCGCAGCUAAAGCUAUGUAUCUGGGAUAUCACCUCCCUUUCAUGACAUCAUAUUAAUCCAAGAGUAACUAUCAGAACCUGGGUGUUUAAAACAAGUUUUAAGGUAGUUUUCAGCUCACAGGCAUUACUUAUACAUCCAAACACCUCACUAUCUAAGUGUCAUUAAUAUCAGUAAUAUGAGUAUCUGACACUGUAACAGUAUGUUUAUGACAAAGACAUGAAAAUGCAUAAAAGGUUCCAGUUGAGUUUGAGUUUUGAAAAGAAAGCUAAUUGCGUUCAGCAAACAGGAUCCAGGAUUUUUUUCAUCUGUGUCAAACAACCCCCUGAAUUCAAUGUUUUAAAGCUGUCUUAGUUUGGUGUCAUUCAGCAUGAUUUUUCCAAACUAUUCUCUUGUGUUAGUAAAAAGAGCAACAUUAGGUUAUUAUACCCCUAAUGUAAGAAUAGCCUGAUGUUGCUUUUUACACAAGGAAAUUUUAAGUAGGUCUUUUGAAAUUGAAAUGCUGCAUUUUCUUCUUUAGCCUUGCUUCUUUUUUCCAAGCAUGGAACCAUCUGGUAGCUAAAUUAGCUAGCUAACAUUUUGACAGUGGAGACAGAGCUAUUGGUAAAGUCAGAUGUUUUGGUGUUGUCUUGCCAACAUUCUUUAAAACAGAACAUUUGACUUUUUAUCACACUGUCUUAUAAAACAUUACACCCUCUUUAAAUAAAACAUAGACACAAUUUGCACAAACCUCCAGUCUGACCUAACAAUCAAAAGUAAUUGCAGGAUGUUAUUUGUAAUGAAUGAAUGAUGAUCAGCUGCAGUCCCUGUUUUAUGAGUUAGCAAGCAAAACACAGAAUUUCAAGAUACCAAAAAGUAAAUCUUUAUUUUGAAAGACACACCCAGUAUUGCUGUAGUUUCCUGUCAGAAUAAUUUUAAGAUAGUAAAUGAUUCGCUAGAACUUGUGGUGUAAGCACUGUGCUCAGAUGAAAUACCAGUGCAGUAUACAGUACGCUGCAGACGAGGACACAUCCGUUCACAAGCUGGGAGAAAAGAUGAGUGACACAAAACUAGAAAGUGAGAUGUGCAUUUGUCAUACGCCACCUUCCCCUUUCUCCCUCCCAGCGUCUGAGUCAGCCACCGCUGCCUCCUCAUCCUAUUCAUAUUGUGACGUGCUGUAAUGGCGUUCCAGUGUCUUUCUGUCCGGUGACAUUGCUGUAUUUCAAAGCAUCAUGGUUUUGUGGAGUUUUAGUGAGUAGAUGACCACAGCACUAGAACUUGUACCUGGUUCUGUCUUUGCAAUACAACUGUCUUCCUGUAAGCUGAGAUUUAGUCAAUAAAAUAAGAAUUCUUGUUCAAGUGA